UUUCCAAAAUGCUUCUUGCGGGAUCCUCAGCACUGUCGCUCUCGUACGUCGCUCCCGCGGCGCCGGCGGCGGCUGUCCGCGGCGGUGCCGUGCGCAUGGAGUCGCUCUCGGACCUCAAGACCCUCGCGACCGGCCUCAACCCCGUCGUCGGCUACUGGGAUCCGCUGAAGCUGGGCGAGGCGGAGUUUUGGGACAACACCAACGAGGAGACCAUCGGCUGGCUGCGGCACGCCGAGAUCAAGCAUGGCCGCGUCGCGAUGGCGGGGUUCGUCGGCUUCAUCGUCCAGGCCAACGGGAUCAAGUUCCCGUGGGCCCCGUUCAACGCCAUCACGUCGACCAGCCCGCCCGAGCAGUGGGACCAGCUCCCAGACGCCGCAAAGUGGCAAAUCAUCCUCGGGGUUGGCUUCCUGGAGUGGUGGUCGGAGAUCCGGGUGGACGGCACGCCGCACUACAUGAAGGGCGGCAAGCCCGGCUACGUGCCCGACUUCGACGCGACGCCCGACCAGCUGCCUCACUGGGUUGGCCUCAACCUGUACGACCCCCUCAAGUGGAGCAAGGGCGCGUCCGCGGAGAAGAAGCAGAAGGGCCUCCUCACCGAGCUCAACAACGGCCGCCUCGCGAUGCUGGGCAUCAUGGGCUUCGUCUCGGAGGCCAAGGUGCCUGGCUCGGUGCCUCUCCUCAAGGGGCUGGUUGCGCCCUACACCGGCGAGGUGAUGGCGCCGUUUGCGACGGACAUCGACUGGUCCUCGUGGGCGUACAUCCCCGGCGCGUAGUCGUAGCGGGGGCUGCUGUGAGGCGUUGUGUGGGUUGCCGCCGGGGGAGGCCGGUCUCUCCGUGUCGCGGCACGCGCAGAGUUGGACCAGGCGAGGCGCGAGGCGCGCUAGCCGUGCGGAGGGUUUGUUGGUACACGAGCGGUGCAUCUCUCGGUCUCGCCGCAUCUCUCUUUGUUGCAGCAGAGCACCCACUACUACUUUACGUGGUUAGAGCAAUGAAGGAAAUCG